CGACAGGACUCCUCAAAUGUCUUGCGGUGUCGUUGGUGAGUGAAUUAAAGUUGCAAUAUGCUGCCAAGAAGUGACAUGCUGACCAGCAUAUUUUCAUUCAAUUUUUAAAUUACUGUGAUUCAUUAAGGAAAAAGAAAAUAUGAACAUGGGUCAACAACAUCCAUCUUUGAUUAAGGUUCAAGAAAUUCAGAAGGAACUACAAGAAGCUAAACAACUUGUAUUAUCAUUCAGUGGUACGCAGGCUGAUAAAGAAUAUAAGCAGUUGGAGAGCUUGUUGACCAAGUUGCUAUUUGAGUUAGAUGCAGUAGAUACAGACAGCAAGUCAGAAAUUCAGAAUGGUCGCAAAAAUGCCAUAAAAACUGUGGAGGAGCUAUUGAAAGAGCUGGAGCAAGCUGCAACUCACCCAUCACGGCUAAGAGUGGAAAGUAUCUUUGGUGAUGCACAGCGGCUGGUUACCAGGGAAUUAUCUUCUGCUGGGGGCUUGAUAACUGAAGAGUUUGCUGAUCACAUCCAAGAAAUAAUUUUUCAGCUGACGCAAGUAAAAACAGGAGGGAAAAUUGGUUUGAGGAAAGCCAGAUAUCGAGCACUAACAAGAAUUUGUGCUGUCCAGGAUAUCAUUGAAAACUGCAUUGGUCAGCAAGCAUUAAGUUUACCUCUAUCCACAAAUACACAUCCUUCUGUUUCUAAAAUCAAUUCUGUUUUAUUUGAAGUUAGCAAAGCAAGAUGUGAUGUAAUUGGCCUGUUAAUAAGCCUAAAUGCCAUGGAAAAUUGUGCACACUUAUCCCGAGUCCUCACUGGAUUGUUAAUGCAAUUGGAUGCAAUAGAUGUGGCUGGACACUCGGAAGUAAGAAACUACAGGAAACGUGUGGUGCAUGAGAUCAAUUGCUUACUGGGACAUUUGGAGAUGGAAUCCGAGGGAGAGUCUUCAGGACGUUAUGACUUAACCCAGAAUCAGUCUAUCAAACGUAUCGAAGAAAUACGUCUGAAGACAACACAAUUAAAACAUCAGCUCUUGCGACAGGACCAUGCUUUUGAUUUGCAUUUCAAGCCACAUACUGAACUGCAAAGUCUUCUCUCAGAAUUGGAUCAAGUAGACAUUAACAAAAAUCCAUGUAUCCGUGAAGCUAGGAGAAGAUCUGUAGUUGACGUGCAGGCUGUGAUCGCUUAUCUUGACCUGAAGGAGAUUCUUGAAAAGAGAGAUAACAUGAAGGAAGAGCUGGAAGAUGAACAUCCAUCACAGAAAGCUAUAUGGGGGGUCCUAAGUCACUUGUCCGAAUUUCAGAGGCAAGUCCUGUCUUUUGAUGGAGCUAGAACUGACAAGAAUUAUGUGAGACUGGAAGAAAUGCUCACAAAACAACUUCUAGCACUUGAUGCUGUGGAAACCCAAGGGAAUGAUGGUGCUAAGGCUGACAGAAAACAAGCAGUGAAGUUUGCACAGAAUAUUCUUAAUUACCUAGACAUGAAAACAGAUGAGUGGGAAUAUUAAAUUGUAGUUCUAGAUGGGGAGUGUAGCUUUUGUGCCUUCCUUUGCACUAUUUUUAAUUGCUUAAGGAAAUUGUUCAGGUUAUCUUGACAGUUUCAUGCAGAUUAAACUCUCAUCUCAUAUCAUCAUUUCAUAAUAGUGGACUUCAAAAAAGGCAAACUUUUGCACUUUGAGUGCAAUAAGUGAACACUGUGAGAGUGUUUUGGGUGUUUCAUUAAGAUAUCAUUGAGAGCACCUUAAAUGUCAUUUAAUAAUACUCAGUAAAAUUAGAUUUAAAUUACAGAAGAGAAUCUGAAGAUGUGUGUUGCUCUAGAUUUCAAUAAAUUUGAAAUAUAAUGUUUCAUAUUUUACCAAAAAAUGUAUAUAUUGAUGGGAUAUUUAAACUGGAAUUAAGGAAAACAUUAACACCACCAUCUUGCUACUCCAUAGAGUUACAUAGAACUGUACAUUCAGGAACCUUCCUUUCAGCCCAUGGUGUCUGGGCCAAUUAUGAUACCAAAUGAAACUAAUCCUAUCUGCUCGUACAUGAUUCCAUAUCUUUCCAUUCCUUUUGUCUUUGUGUGUCCAUCUAAAUGCCUUAUAAAUGCCACUACCAUGUCUGCUUCCACCAUACUCCUGGCAUUUUCCAGGCACUAAGGACUCAAUGCUGAAAAAAAACUUGCCCAAUGUACUGUAUCUCCCUUAAAUGUCUCUCCUCUCGUCUUAAAGCUAUGCUAUCUAGGAUUUGAUAUUUCUACCUUGGGAAAUAGACUCUAUCUGUCUCUGGUAGUUUAUAAAUUGUCAAGACUGCCCCCCCCCCCCCCAGCCUCCGACCCUGUAGGGAAAACAAUCGGAGUCUUUCUAACCUCUCAUUUAGUGUGGGAAUCUUGUGAAGCUUGAGGGAAGUUAUUCUGGGCACUCGUGGCUACAAUAGUUUGUACUAAAAUGGUAACACAAGCAGAUACAUGAACCAAAAACUAUAUUUAAUAUACACUAGCCAUCACAUUUAUAUCUGAUGCCUCAGGGAUGAGAACCCUUUCGAGAGAGAUAACAUUCAUUUAAUAAGAGAACCUAAGUAUAAUAUUUCAUACUAAAUCAUUUGAACUCUGUCUUACAUUAUGUAUAAUAAUCAUUAUCACUAUCUUGAGGGAAUCAGAAUUCUGACGAGCUUGGAUAUAACAGAUGGUGGGGAAAUUUUCCCCUUAGAAGAGUGUGUAAAAACUAGAGGAUACAGUUCAGGGUGAAGGGUAAGAGAUUUAGAGGGGAUCUAAAGGCUGAUUUAUACCUGUGCGUCAAGCGUACCUUACACUGUACUCUACACCGAACCCUACGCCGUAGCCUAAUGCGCACCUCUCCCAAAAUGUUAACUAUGCAUCGCGGCGACGCAGCCCAAAACUGUGAUUGGUCCACUUGGUAGCAUCGCAUUUCCUCCUACGCUGCAAUAGCUUCCCUUUGGGUGACUGAAGGGCAGGGAAGGAACUCUGGCUGCAAUGCUUUCCAUAAAGCUUUACAGACCUCUGAAAUUACGGAGGACCCUGUGCUUGACACCAGUCUGUAGCUAGCUGCUACAGCCUGUUGACUUCCACCUGAAGCUAAAACUCGAAUGGUGAUUGCCAGUCUCUGAGUAUACUGUGUGUACACUGAUGCAAUAUUAAUGAUUGGAGACGAUGAACCAAAUUGUCAAAUCUACUUGCCGACAUCCAAAAAUAUUUGAAAUGCAUUUCCUCGUCCAUGUCUCUCAGUGGCUGGACAAGCACAGAAAAUUCACCCUCCUUCAGUUUCAGUCACCAUUGUUUGAAGUUUGAGUUUCAACACGAAGAAACUCAACACAGUGGCAUAGAAACCCCACCGCCAACUAGCGUUUUGGUGGUGAAUUGCAGAGUGACGCAGGCACACCAACGCACAAGUAUAAAUGCUCACAACGGCGUAGCCCACUUGCGUAGGCUAUGGCGUAAGCUAGAACGCACAAGUAUAAAUCAGCCUUCAGGAGGAAUUUUCACCCAGGGAACAAAUGCAUUGUGGAAACCCUCACAACAUUUGAGUAGCAUUUAGACAAACGCUUGAAUUGUACAUCGUGACAACCUAGAAGGCUAUGGAUCAAGUGCUGACAAAUGGAUUAAAUACUGAUGGUUAAACUGAUGCUCAGCCAGGACUUCGGGGUGGGGAGGGUGAAGGCCUGGUUCCUGUGUCCUUUGACACUAUUGAGGUUGUUUUUGUACAUUAUCAGAAUGCACCUGCAAACUAAAAUGAUAAUGUAAUUCAUGCUACUUCCAUUUAGAUGUUCAAUAUUUCUGAUUUCUUUGGAAAUAUUUACAUUUUAUCAUUGGCAUAGUUUAUUAAAAUUAGUUCUGUGUAUGAAAUUCAUGAUAAUUUUGUAUGUAGUUCUUGUUAACAGAUCUACAAUUGAAAUACAUUUCACAUUGUUAAAGUUGAUAAGGUAUUAGUAUUCAAAAUAUUAAUAAUGUAGGUACUUACUGAAUAUCAUUCUGUUAUCAGAAAUAUCAGUUUUCAUGUGUUAAUGGAUUGUACCCAUUGAAAUGCAUUAAAUUACAUUGCAUUUUAAUUAGCUCUUGAUUAAUAUAAUUGCCAUUGCAAAUAUUAAUAUAAUUGCCAUUUAAAAUGUUAUCCUUGGCUAAGUUGGAGCUUAUGGUAUUCAAUUAAGUUAAGUGACUGAGUUUCCAGCCAUAUUUCUACAAUGGUAUUGAGUAAGAAAUCUAGUGCUGUAUUAAAUCUCUCUAAGGAUAGACAACAUUAUCCCUUCUGACCAGCAACAUGUCAUAGUUGCAUUGUUCACAUAUAUUGGAAGCCUUCAAACAACACAACCCAAACCUGCAAAGGACAAAAUGAUAAAGUAGAUUGGAACAUCACCUGGCCUAAGGAGUACAUCGUUUUAAUUUAAUUGUCACUCCUCCAUUGUUGCUAUUGUAAAAUUGCUGCUGCAUUACCAUAUGGGUAAAAUUGGACUUAAGAAGAUGACGGGUAAAGACAAUUAAUUACUGCCUGGGCAUCACUGCUGACAUUUUAUAAAUGAAUACCUAAAAAGUGAAAGGUUUAGUUAUUAUGCUCUAUGGCAGUUCAUUUUAAGAGUUGCUAACAUUGAGUAAGCAAAACUGAAAUCUAUUAUGCUGACAAUAAGCUAGUGGAAGCCAUGCUUUUGUGUUUGUUUUAUGCAGUGAUUUUCUUUGGGGCAUGUAUAAAGUGUAUUAUAAUCUUGGUGUUUUGAUUGAAAAACUAUCAACCAUGUGGUGCAGUGCAAGAAACUGCUCUUCUAAAUUUCAAAUGUGGCAAUCCAGCAAGUCAGAAACAACCACUAACAAGACUUAGAACUAAAAGCUACAUGAAAGAUGACAUAGCCUUCAGAGUUUGCCAGUUUGCUUUCUCUGCUUUAAGAUACUAAUAUAAAUAUUAAGUUCAAUAGAAUGAUUUAUAUUUCCAAUGAUUUUUUUUGCUGUACUGUACUCAAAAGCUCCACUUGUCUGUGAAACAAGUCCUGUAUUAUGAAAAUAAUAAUAUCUAAAGGUGAAGGAAAUCUGAAAUAAACACAAAAAGAAAAUAAUGUUGGGAACACUCAGUGGGUCAGAUGGUCCUUCAUUCUGAUGAAGAGUCCUUAUCCUGAAACAUAAAUGCCAUUUUUCUUUCCACUGAUACUGCCUGACCCACUGAAUGUUUCUAACAUUCUCUGGGUUGAAUCAACUUCCAAUUUGUACUUUCAAUUUGUCUUUGUUAGAAUAAGAUUUUAGUCCAUAAUAUUGACGCUUGUUUAAAAAAAACUUUGGUUUCUGUUAUUUUGUGGUGUAUAAUUAUAAUUCAAUCAACCCAGGUCAGAAUGUUUACAGUUGUAUUUUUGUUGAAUGUUA